AUGUUUAUGGAAAGAUGGAGGCAUGCUUUAAGUCGUCUGCUACCAUCCCGACGUUAUUGGUUUGCAUUUAACGAAAGUUACCAAAAGCUACAAAUUUUUCAUACUGAACAUGAUCAAAUCACCAAUAGAACACCUGUUGAAGAUAUUCCUAUUUACCGAGCAGCCAUUACAUUGGCUCCAACUGAAGAAUUAUUAUUUAUUAUACUAACAGACACAAAAGAAUAUCGACUCAAGGCUGAUAAUCAUGAAUCGUUAAUGAUUUGGUUAAUUGGUCUACAAUUGAAGAGAGAUGCAGCUGAAUCACAACUAAAACAAACUUCAGUUCUGGAAAAAGAUUCAAUCAGUAUCCAGGAUUUGGAGGAAGAAGAACACAUCAAUGCAUGCCCUGACGAAGAAAAAUCUCACAGUAGGAUUUUUUUAUGUUCAAAUAAAGAUCUAUGCGAUUCAUGUUCAUCUAUUUUGUGUUCUGAAUGUCGUACAAUUGUUCAAUUGCAACCGUCGUCUGCAACAAAUUCAAUAACCAAUAAUCAACAACAACAAAAUUUCAUUGAAUCAUAUCCCGGAACAGGUUCAUCGACCAACUCAAUAGAAUCAUGUGAUUCAGCGUUUUGCGAAAAAAUAUUCGAUCAUCAUUACGAUGGUCAUUUAGCACAAAGUCACACGAUCAUUCAUGCUUCACUUCUUUCAUUGAAAUCUGAACUAGCAUCAGCAUUAAACAAAGAAUGUAUUUAUUUGUCAAUAAUUAAAGAAAAAUGUACUCUUAUGCGAAAAUUAGAGCAACAAUUGUCAGAUAUAAUUACCACUGCAACACCAUGCAAUAAAUUUUCGGCUAUUUCAAAAGUGUUUACAGAAAAAAGUCGAGAAACAAAUAAUGAAUUAAAAUUCUUAAACCUUGAAGUAACAAAAUUGCAUAAACUGAUUCGUGAUGAUGAUGUUAGAAUUCGAAAACUUAUACGUGCAAUUCGCGUACAACAAACACAAAUGCAUGGACUACAAAGGGAUUAUGUUUAUUUGUUACAAACAUCUUUGGCCACAGACGAAGGUCGAGUAUUUGGAGGAGCAAAGCAUCGAGAACGUCUGAAGGAACUUUUAGCCGAUUGUCGAAAACGAGAUCCGUCGUUACCGUCAUUUGAAAGUUUUGAAGGAUGUGGUUGUUACAUUGACUCCUAUGGUUUUAAACAUAAAAAGAAUAAUGAUAGUGAUAUGUUACGGUAUAUUUGUUUGAAAUUAACUGAUUUUUAUGACCAAAAAGCUUAUAUUACCGAUGAACUACUAUGGCGAACAUUACUAACAUCAUUCACUAAUAAUAACAUUGUCUCGAUUCAUCAAUUAAGCGAAAUAUUAGAAGCAUUUUGUUUGUACAAUCCAUCUCUUGGCUAUUGUCAAGGAAUGAAUUUUAUUGUCGGUAUUGCUCUAUUGUUUCUAGAACCAGAAAAUGCAUUUUGGUUGUUGAUUGCUGUUACUGAAUGUUAUUUUCCGUCAAAUUAUUAUGAUUCUGGUUUAAUCGGAGCUCAAGUCGACCAAUUCGUAUUAAAAGAUUUGAUACAAAUCAAAGCACCUGAACUUUAUCGACAUUUUGAAAGUAUUGAAGUGGAAAUUACAUCUUUAACAUUAAACUGGUUUAUGGCUAUCUUUAUUGGUAGUGUACCAUUCGAGACUUUAUUGCGCAUUUGGGAUUGUUUUCUGUUAGAAGGUCCAAAAGUUUUAUUUCGAUUUGCCGUGGCGAUACUGAUUAUGAAUCGCGACAGUAUUUUAAUGAAAAGUGAUACUAUAUCGAUGAUGAAGCAUAUCAAAGAGUCGGCAAAAAAUUUGACCGAUGUUGAAAGUCUAUUCAAGAUUGCAUUUGAAGAUUUGAAACCAUUUACUAGAAGAAAAGAUAUUGCUGUUAAACAAGCGUAUUACACAAAACUGUUAACAGAAAAAAUACUCAAGCGACGAUUAUCACCACACGCAUUCGCAAAGCAAGAUUAUGUCUUUCAAGAGAUCAGUCAUUAUACAUGUACAUUGGACUGUGUCUGUGUGAUAACAGGAGGUCUGUUAUGGUUUGUGUUUGGUUCUCAAUUCGAAUAUCGAAUAUUUGAAGUGAAUAUUGAACGAGGCAUUAUGAUUGAUUUAGAAUUAACCGUAUGUAUUAUUCAACAGCGAACAAUACGAAUUACUUUAAAUUAUUUUCAGUAUAAUUCUCGUGCAUAUUGUAUGGAUUGUGUCAAGUCAGAUCUUGUGCUCGUCGGUACUUUAUCGGGAACUCUUCUUGGAUAUUCUAUUGAGAACAGAAAUAUUCAAUGGGUCACGAAGUUAAGCAGUUCUAUUGUAUACAUAACUCACUAUAAGAAGGAAGAUUUGAUUCGUGCUUACUGUGGGUUAUCCGAAGGAACUUUAGCCAUAGUAGAAUUAUCCGAUAAUAGAGUGCCAGAAGAAGCAUUUUCCAUUUCGUUGGGUAAAGCACCUCUUACCACUGUUAUAGUAUCAAAUGAAAAGCUAUGGUGUAUAUGCUCAAAUAAAUUAUCAAUUCUAAAUGAAAAAACAUUAGAUGUACUCAUAUCUGUUGGACUUACAACGCAAUAUCUUGAAUUGACACCAAUCCUUUAUCUUGAUGAACCAAAUUAUAUUUGGUUAAUACUACGUUCGAGUAAUACGUUACAAGUAUGGGAUAGUAAUAAUUGUAAACUCUAUGCAAGUACUUCAUUAACAACUGUAUUCAACAAGCUUGAAAAACCGAACAGUGACCAUGAGUUAGCGAGAGCACAGACUGACGAUGAAGAUUGUACAUCUAGCGAAACUCAAAUAUCAUCAUUACUAGUAAACGGUGGGCAAUUGUGGCUUGGUACAUCAGCUGGUAAUAUUUACGUAUUUGACGUCAAUUUUCAACCAAAAAAAUCGAAGUCAUCAAUAAUGGACUUUCAAACAGACUCACUUUAUUAUCAUUCACGAUCAUUCAGCGCUUCCUCUAAUUUAAUCGAUAUGUCUCGUCAUCUUGUGCAGCAUACCGAUUGUAUGAACAACACAUUAUUUCUAGAUAAACGCUCUGCUCCUCGUUCAUAUUCCGAAUCAGCAAUCAAUAUAGAUGAAUAUGGAAAUGAUUUUGUUAUCAACAAUGACUACGAUGAAUGGUUACCAUCGAAGCAUUUAUAUCAAAUUGCGUUUAGUCCAAAUGUAUUAGUACCGAGUAGUAAUGGUAAGACGAAGAGUAUCAAGGCAAAUUUUUUACGACGCAGAACACGACAUCUUUCAACAUCUAUUAUGGCAAAACAAGGUAAAACUGAUCAUCGUAGAUUUUCUAAUCUGAAUAGUGAAAUAAAGUUAAAACCGUCGUUGAGAAAGCAUAAUCAUAAACAACCGAAAUGUGUACCAGACUCAGAUACAUCAACAACACUAACCUCUCAACAUACACGCUCAUCUAGUCCGGCAAUAAUUUCAGCGGACGAAUGUAUAAAACAUACGCAUCGAAGUCUAUCACAAUCAAUUAUUCGGAAUCAAAAAUCUAUUGAUACAUCGAGAAUGUCUGUUAAUUUCAAUUUAGCAUUUAAAGCAAAAGUUUCAGAUUCGUCUAUCAAAUGUAUUUGUAAAUCAAGCCACAAUGAUCAAACUGUUAUUAUCACGGGUCAAGGAAAAUAUGGUGAUGAUGAGACGGUUCUACGAUGGAAAAGAGUAGAAGAUACAACCCAAUGGACCAAUGAUGUGAUUGUCGAACUCAGUCCAGACUCAUCUAUUCCACUACGACCACAACACGCUAGAUGGAAGUACUUUAAAGAAAAUCGUGAUCGUUCGAACAGUAUUUCAUCUAAUUUAAUUUAA